GCAGUCUCGUUCUCCUCUGAACGAACCUUACCCGCUCCUCUAAAACCCUCUCGCUUCUCCGAUACCUCUCCGGUUCCUGGGUUACUCAAAUCAUCACAAAAGGAUGAAGCUUAGGCUCUGUAGCGGCUUCACCAAACCUGGCUUCUUACUAGUCCACUUCACACCACCAUCUUUUCAAUCACUCUCUCACAAGAAAGGACAUGGGUUAGGUCUAAAACUCCACUGUGCUAUUGCAAGUCGCAGACUUUCCUCAAACUCACCCAGAAGAGAAAGGUCUCGCCCCUCUUCACCACGUGACAAAGACAAAGCAAAGAGAGAGUCACAGUCCUUGUACACUCGUCCAAGCUUACUAGAAAUGAACAAGGAGAAAGCAGCUAACCGCGUUAGAGUCUACGACUUCCUCCGUGGAGUUGGUAUCAUCCCCGACGAGCUUGACGGUCUCGAGCUUCCCGUAACACCCGAUGUGAUGAAGGAACGUGUAGAUUUCCUCCACAAGUUAGGGCUUACAAUUGAAGACAUUAACAACUACCCUCUUGUUCUUGGCUGCAGCGUGAAGAAGAACAUGGUUCCGGUGUUGGAUUAUUUAGGGAAGUUAGGUGUGAGGAAGUCUACUUUCACUGAGUUUCUGAGAAGGUACCCUCAGGUUUUGCACGCUAGUGUUGUGAUUGAUCUUGCACCGGUUGUUAAGUAUCUCCAAGGGCUUGAUAUCAAACCUGUUGAUGUGCCUAGAGUUCUUGAGAGGUAUCCAGAGGUUUUAGGGUUUAAGCUUGAAGGGACUAUGAGUACUUCGGUUGCUUAUCUUGUUGGUAUAGGUGUAGCUAGGAGGGAGAUUGGUGGGAUUUUGACUCGUUAUCCCGAGGUUUUGGGGAUGCGUGUAGCUAGAGUGAUUAAGCCUCUUGUUGAGUAUCUUGAGGGUUUAGGUAUUCCUAAACUGGCUGUUGCUAGGUUGAUUGAGAAGCGUCCUCACAUUCUCGGGUUUGAGUUGGAUGAUACUGUGAAAAGAAACGUGGAAACCUUGCGAGAGUUUAACGUUAGGGAAGGUUAUCUUCCUUCUGUGAUUGCGCAGUAUCCUGAGAUCAUGGGGAUAGAUCUUAAACCGAAGCUCGAGGCGCAGAGGAAGCUGCUUUCUUCAGCUAUUGAGCUAAACCCUGAGGAUUUAGGCUCUUUAAUCGAGAGGAUGCCUCAGUUUGUUAGCUUGAGCGAGGCGCCUAUGGUGAAGCACAUUGGUUUCCUCAAAGAGUGUGGCUUCUCGAUUGAUCAGACGAGGGAGAUGGUGAUAGGGUGUCCUCAGGUUCUUGCUUUGAACAUUGGGAUAAUGAAGCUUAGCUUUGAGUAUUUUAAAAAGGAGAUGAGAAGACCUCUUCAGGAUCUUGUGGACUUCCCUGCGUUCUUUACAUAUGGGUUGGAGUCAACGGUGAAGCCGAGGCACAAGAGGGUAUUCAAGAAGGGGAUUAAAUGUUCGUUGGCUUGGAUGUUGAACUGUUCAGAGGAGAAGUUUGAGCAGAGAAUGAGUUAUGAUACUAUAGAUAUAGAGGAAGUUGAGUCCAGUCCAGCUUCUUUUGACAUGAGUACAUUGAUGCAACCUGAAAGAGAGGAGGAGGAGUCUGAUUCUGAGUACGAGGAAGAGGAAGAUGAUGAGGACGAGGAGUUUGCGUAAACCAGAGAGAUGAUGAACAAAGAGGUCAAGGUGAAGAUUCGGACAAUGAAGUGGGAAGUAAAAGGUUUUUGUGUCUUGAUGGUUGAUCAGUUCGAACAGAACACAGAUUCUUUGUUGAACAGAAUCUCUCCUAUCGUUGUAACGAUUCUUUUUGUUCAUGUUGAUGACAGAACGAUGUUAGUAUUCAGACAUUGAAUUCGAAGUAUAAGUUUGUGUCUUAAUGAGUGAGUGGAGAAUGAUUUGCUUUAAAAUUCGAACAUAACAGAUUCUUCCUAGUUGAUAACAGAACAAGAAUG